AUGCACCAUAAAGGCAUCUCCAAUCACUGGGUUGGACUCCGGAGGGAACCGGGCCAGCCCUGGAGAUGGGUGGAUGGCGCUGCAUUCGACCACCUGUUCACCGGGGCCUUUGGGAUUAAUCCUCUUCCUCUCCACUGCAGCUUUGAGGUCAGAGGAGCCGGACUCUGCGCUUACCUGGAUGACAGCGUUGUGAACAGCGCGGGCUGCGACACCGAGAGGAAGUGGGCCUGCAGCAAGCCAGACGGACAGACGGGGGGGAAGCAGAGAGACCCAAAGUGUUAAGAGCAG